AAUAUCACAUUUCAAUCAACUUGAGUUGAGUACUAUGGAUUCCAAAAUCGCAUUCCUCAUCCUUGGUCUAUUGGCCAUGGUUCUUCUAAUUUCCUCACAAGUGUCAGCUAGGGACUUAACCGAGACUUCAACUAAUACCAAAGAUGAGGUGGUGGAAAAGUCAAAUGAAUUAAAUGAUGCCAAAUAUUACGGUGGAGGCUACAACCAUGGCGGCGGCGGUUAUAAUGGUGGUGGAGGAGGCUACAACCAUGGUGGUGGUGGAUACAAUGGUGGCGGAGGAGGCUACAACCAUGGUGGUGGUGGUGGUGGAUACAAUGGUGGUGGAGGAGGAUACAACCAUGGAGGUGGUGGAUACAAUGGUGGCGGAGGAGGAUACAACCAUGGAGGUGGUGGUUACAAUGGUGGCGGAGGAGGAUACAACCAUGGCGGUGGUGGUGGUUAUGGAGGUGGACAUGGUGGUAGUUCCGACAAUGGUAACUGAUUAUAUAAUCAUGCAUGGACGUACUAUGUAUAAUAAAAGAGGUAUAGAGAAAUAUGAAUCUUUUUGAGGUUAUGUAUUAUCUAUCUUCUCACUAUAUAGUAUAGAUAAGUCACUAUGUUUAUGUGAAGAUGAGUUUGAUUUCGAACCAAAGUGCUGAAUGUGUAAUCAAUCAUGUGUGUAAUAAAUCAAAUAUCAUCCUUGUUACGAAAAAAAAUCCAAAUAACCAUGUUUAAUAAUUUAUUUACACCAAAAAC